AUGAGGCUGUUUCUCUUAUUCUGCACCCUCUGCCUCAUGGCUCCUAUUGGCUACAGUCAGCUUCAAGGCCCCAAAGGUGAACCAGGAUUCCCUGGGAUUCCAGGUCAAAAAGGGGAACGUGGAUUUCCUGGACUAAACGGAUUACCUGGACCACCUGGGAUACCAGGUCAAAAAGGAGACUCAGGAAGGCAAGGAAUAUCUGGACUAAUUGGACCACCUGGACCAUCUGGACCACCUGGACCAGCUGGACCUCGUGAAAUAUGUAGACAAGGUUCCACUGGCUCCAGUUGCCCGGACCUUGCUAAGUUAGAGUUGGCCAUAAACUACGACUUUGUCCGGAAAGUUGGUCAGAAGUACUUUGUGUCCUACAAGAAGAGAGACUCUUUCUCCAAGGCCGUUGAGUUCUGCUCCCAACAAGGCUUAGAUCUGGCUUUACCCCAAAAUGAAGAAGAGAACAAUGUGUUGACUCAAGUGUUCUGGGAUGUUUACAAAAAAGUCUGGAUCAAUGUCAACAACAAAAAAGCAGAGGGGAAUUUUGAGGUUGAUAUGAAAAAACAACCUCUAACCUUUACCAAAUGGGGAGAAGGGCAGCCAGACAAAUCCAUCAGCAAUACAGGCUGCACCAUGGUGUCAGAAGAUGGUGUCUGGGUUGUUACAAGUGAAUGCUUCCUGAAUGCUUACAUUGUUUGUCAGUUAUAGAAAUGUCUUGUAUACCUUUCAAGUCUUACUUCAGUGAAAAGUUUUUCAUGUACUCAAACAUGA